CGAGUCGGUUCGAAAGGACGCCCGCGCCGUUUCAAGAUCGCCCACUCCGCCACCAGCUACAAAUGGAGCGAGCCCAGCGGCGCCGAGAGCCCAAUGCGCUCUACGAAGGAGACACAAUCUACUUGAAGAUUGACGGAGAAGGCAAUGUUCACUCGGACGGGUUUGUAGACGAGCGCCUCGGGUGCAUCAGCAUGUCGACCCACGACGCGGCGCAGCAACUCGAGGGGUGCCUCUUCAAAGUCCUUCCCAAGCUAAGUUACGAAGCGCACAAAGCGCUGUUGCGCGUCAAGGCACAGUUCGCGGAAGGAAGCGACAAGUACAUCCUCAUGGCCCAGCAAGCCAAGGUUGAAAGCGACCUGAACGCGACCGUGUGUCGCCGCACCGACGAAGAUGGCCAAGUCGUGUUGUACGGUCAAACGAUUCAACUACAGCACGUGCAGUCGGGAAAGUUCCUCACAUCGCGCGUGAAGACGCUAGCAGACGUUGACAAAACGUGCAUGAAGCUCACGCUGCAAGCGGAGGGAUCCACUAAGUGCUGGUUUACCUUCCUGCCGCGAUACAAAACUCGGUCGGUCGGGAGCUCGGUCGAGUUUAACGACGCGGUGUGUCUGUCGCGAGCCAAGUACACGAAGCACUUUCUCCACUUGAGCCAGCGGUCGUUCCCCCGCGACGAGCUUAUGCGGAAGGAAAUAAACAUGAACGCGAAAGAAACGAUUGUGAAAGUGAUCAAGUAUGCCGCUGCCAUGGCCGACGCGGGCCGGUCGCUUCAUGCGGGCAAAUUUUACCGCAUCUUCCACUUGGAAGGGCAAGGCUACAUCACGAUGUCGGCAAACCCCCAUGCAGCCACGAAGCCACCGUAUCUGCGGCCCAUCCGACCAUCCACGACAUUCAACGCCCCCGACAACUUUACACUCAAGUCGCUGUUUGUACUGGAAAAGGCGAACCCCCUCGAAGGGGGCUGUGUGACCGACUGGGAUGAUCGGUAUCGAUUGCGGCACUUGGCGACAGGCAGGUAUCUCGCGCUGGGCCCUCAGUACACGCCCGGCGACGCUUCCCAAGUGGCUUUGACGAGCGCGACGUCUGACCAAGCCACCGGUGACAGGGCUUGCUUUCGUUUAACCCCAUCGUCGACCGGAGCAAUGACAAAUGCCGCGCAACUGGCAUGCCGCAUCGAGAGCCGACAUGACGAUGGAGUCGUCUACCGCCUGCACAACCCGAGCAAACCAAAACCUGCCAAGAGCUCACAUACAGCCCACCUCCUCACGAGUUUGAUUCUCACCGCCACGACGCAGCAACUCGACCAGGAUUGCUUUCGGUUUGUUGCGGUGUCGGACGCAGAGACGCACGAAGCGUCGUUUCUCCGGAGCGCGAUACACCACCUCCGGCGGUACGAAGUGGAUUUGGCCAUCGCAUUGCGCGACAACAUUCGCAUUACGCACGAGCACAUGCACGAGAAACUGAUGGCACUCAAGCUCCUCGUGACAUUCUUGAUCACGCGGCAAGAUGCGGGGGAGAGCGGCAGGGACAACGGCCCCGGCGAUGACACGACGAACAUCCCGAACGACGACCCAGUCUAUUUUGAAGGAACGCCUGUGACGACCCGCCAGGACAAAGCACGCGAAAUCAAACUGAUCGACGUGUUGUACCAAGUCUUACGAGGCAUCCGCCACCACAGCGUGACGCUGCCAACGCUCGCGGCCGACCCCAAGUACAAGGUCCUCCACCGCAUCCACCGCCUCUCGAACAAGGCGCUUGUGUGCGCUGUCCAAGACAACAUUGUCAACAAAAACUACAUUGCUACGCGGUCCGCUGCACAGUACUUUGGCCGCGAGGACGCUCCGGCUGACGCCGGCGACUUGACCAUGGCACGCUCCACGGCACCGCAGGACACCAUGACCUACAUGGACGAAACCCUCGACAACAUUGGAUCGGAAACCGGUUCCAAAUCGGUGUACCGGAGCCUCUUUCUCAACAACCGCGACCUCCUCGAACGCAAGGUCGAUCUGGCGCUGAUCAAGUCGAGCUGCCGCAGCAUCCACGCCAAAGGCGUCAAAGCAUCGGGGAUCCUCCAGUUUCUCUCCACGAUAUGCUCGCAUCAUGGCCACAACAUACCGAGAAACCAAGAGCUCAUCGUGCGAGCGCUGUACAGCUUGAACGACGACCCAGACAUGCACGACACGCGGAGCAACAUCUUGAUCGAGUCGUGCGAGUGUCCGACGCCUGUCCGCGCCGUGCCUGCCAUCAUCAAGGACUUUGUGCUGGCAGCCCCUAGCGGGUCGAGCAGUUUUUCCCACGACGGUCAUCCCAUGGGCUAUUCGAUGCUAAACAAGGGCAUGGUGAACGUCGCGAUUAGCUGGAGGAGCUGUGCCAACUGGUUCAUGGGCGCCCCUGGGCUCUACUUCGAAGCAGACGAGCUCCAACUUGCCCCGAUUGUCGAUGCCGUCGUAUCCGACGACUUGAUUCAAUACGACAAGCACCUGUGUCACGAGCCCCAGCCUCGGGAGUGGGUUCUCCUCGAGCACGUGACGUGGGCCCUUCAGCCCAAGGACAUGUUUCCCCUUGUCUUUAACAACAAACCGUGGGCAGACCAGUACCACAUGAUCUCCAAGGACCCCGAGAAGGUCGAAAUGUUUGAGCGACUCAAAGUGCUGGCCAACUACUACAAGCUCCAGCUCGGACUGUUUGCCGAGCUCCUGCGUGGGGGCUGCAUCUCGGCCAUCGAGGUCUUGAGCAAACAAUUUAGCUACAACAUGCUCUUGAGUGCGAUAUCGAACCAAAACCUGCCGUACACGAUUCGCACAUCGUUUGCGACCAUCUUGCAAUUGUGUUGGCUCAACCGGUUCCCCCAUGAGCCUAUGCUCGUCCCCAAGACUGUGUACGCGUUCGACGACGUCACGGCCGUGGAAAAGCAGGCGCAUCCUUUGCUCGCCCACUUUCAUCUGAAAGCAGGCCAUCCUGCCCUCACCUCGGACGACGAGUUCAUUUCGUACCCGUUUGCCGACAAGUUUGCGUUCAUCCAAGGAGUUAUCCACGAAAUCAUCACGCGGAUGGCGUUUGAAAAGAGCAUCCUGUGCACCGUGGACGCCAAUGUGUUGCUACAGUCACUGCUGGAGAUCGUCAUGUGGCUUGUCCGGUGCGGGUUCUAUGCCGACCUGGAUUCGCACACGCGGCUCGCGGGGCCACUCAUUCGCCUCCUCGACGGCCGCAAUACAGUCGUCUUGGCCGACAAUCCGGCGCUCCUCCAGGACACGACGGCUCGGUACCGCUGCAACAAGCUCCACAACGCCGUCACCAAGUGCAAGCUCCAGAUUUGCCAAAUCCUGGGUCACAUUACCGUCAUUUGGCGCGACUUUGAGCUCUGGAGCAUCGUAUCCAACUUCAAAUUUAGCAAUUCUGUCGUCGACGUGCUCGUGCUCGAGUCGGGCGAGCUUGGGAAGGUGGGAAUCACCCACUUUAACAACUUGUUUGCCAAGUCGCCGUUGGAUAUGCGGGCCGUGACCAAGGCGCCACUCGAGACGAUUUGUAUGGACUUGAUCAUGUACGACGACGACGCGCUGGUUCACGAGGCGCUGGCCCUUCUCCUGCAGCUCAACACGCGUCGUGAGCAAGUCCUCAACUGCCUCAUGCGGUGCAUCCUCGUGCGGAAUGCCGUGCCCAACGUUGCCAUCGCUGCCAACACCAAGACGAGUUCGCAAGUGCUGAAAGAGCUCGAAUAUCUCGUCCCCCUGUUCAAGCAUUACAUUCAAGCGUUCGAGUCGCCGCUGUUGUGCGAACAUUUGUGCGAUGCAAAUCAAGUUCGCCUGGGGUACUUUGGCGUUGGCCGGCUCCUUGUAGACAUCCUCGUCAAACUUGAAGAGUGCUGCGCCGAUCGCGUCCACUACGACGACUCGCUCCAACCCAACAUGGAGAAGCAAGCGAUUCUCCUCGAACUCCUGUUGCACGAGCACGCAAUGAAGCUCAUUCGGAUGAAAGGCGUCGAUCCCAAGUACGCGCCGCAGUUGCAAGCGGUCAAGGACGAGUGCUGCGCAUUCUUCAAGGCGCUGAUGACCAAAAACCCCGCGAGUCAAAAGGCCAUGUUCAACUUCCUCCCCGAGCUCAUCGACUGCUUUGACGACGUGGAAGGAAUGGGCGAUGUGCUGAUAGCGAUGUUUGUCGACAACCGAAGCCUGUGCUUGUGUGUGCCAGACCAAGCGAUAUGGGCGUUCAUGAAGUUGCUCAACAACCACGUGACCGACUUGCGAGACCCCGAUCGUUCCAAGCAUCGGUCGGCCGGGUCCGCGAACGCGAUCGCGACGAUUAUGGAGUUUUUCAAGCGGUACAUCAUUCCCGACGAAGCGCCCGUCAAGGCGAACCAGGUGCACUUGUUUUCAAUCUUCACAAGCCCGCAAUUCGACUCGCUCCUGCUUCCGUUUGGUCAAGGCAUUACCCCCGAGAUGGAGGUCGGGUCGGAAGCGCUUCGAACGACGGCGGGGUACACUGCUCUCUUGCACGUCAUCGAGUCCCCCGACCAAGCCGGUCUCCUUGCGUAUGUGGAAAAGCUCCUGGAAGCGUUCAGCGUCAUGUGCUACGGCAAGAACUUCAAGACCGAGGUCGAGUGCCAACAACUGUACCCGCUCAACUUGAUCUUGACCAUCCUUCUCGACGACGUGAUGCCGCUCAGCUUGCGCAUCGUGGCGUGCAAGUUUUUGUCCGAAGUGUUCUUCGACACCGACCUCGACGUGGACCCGCAGCUCGCCGUCAUGCCGUCCGUUUGGGACGUCCUGCUCCACUGUUCCAAAGAGCUCGCGACGUUCAAUGCGCUCUCGUAUGAAAAGCACGCGUCGCCAGGCCUCGUGUCGGCUCAAGGCGUCGUUCAUGACGCGUCCUUUUUGCUCUUGCAAGACUACAUCUUCCACGGCGUGUUGUGCGUUGUCACGUCGUUUUUCCGCGCCGUGUUCGACCCGACGGCGGCCGACUUGGGCGAGUCCGCCAUGCAUGUCUACGACGCCCUCAAGGCCGACAUCAAGUCGCUGAAGAAGCGAGCCAAGCUCGAGUGGCGCCACGCAGAGAUUUGCAACUACUGCGCGUUGGCCCUCGGCGUCGAACUCGCCGCCGAGCCGAGUUUGACAAUUGUUUCUCCGCCGGAAACCAAGCCUCCGAUGCCUAGCCGACGCAGCCGGUCGCCGCUCCAACGAGUCAAGUCGCGUGAUCUUCGCAUCGGCGCGCUGCAGCGCCCGGCGCCGCGGUUGGUCGUCACGUCGUCGGACGCGUUGAUUCCAGCGCAAAAGUUCGACGAGUUCAAGUACGCGAUGGUCGCAAGUGCCGACAUUGCUGCGAGUGUCCUCAAGGAGUUCCAUGACUUGGUCCAAGCGAUUGAAGGCGUCGAAGCGUUGACGAGCAAGACGCCGGGGGGCGAAGCAAAUCCGCUCGACGGCCGGGCCAACACGAUCACGCCCACGUUGUUUUGCAGCCGCGUCGUCAAGUUCAUCCAAGAUAACCCGACGUCAAGCUGCGUCGUGUAUGCGAUGGAGGCGCUGCUGCAGCUCAUUUCGACAAAGCACUUGUCCGAAGAUGCAAAGAAGAAGCUGCAGACAGUCGAAAUCGAAGAAGCCCGCGUGACGUAUCAAGAUACGCAGUCGUUCAUGGCAGGAUGCGGCGCGGCCAAACUCGUCCUCAACUUGAUUGCAGGCGGGUCCAAGUCGACGUUGAUGCUCAAGGCGAUCGAGUUUGGCAUCGAGAUGCUGAAUGGGGGCAACUUGGCCGUCCAGACGAUCUUUUACAACUCGAUGAAGGACGGAGACGAGCGCUUGUUUCUGCAAAUCGAUCAAAUCCUCCAACACGCGAUCGAGCAGGUCAAGGAGACCCGUCGUAGCUUCAAGUACAUCAAAGAGUCGCGGAAAAACCGAGGUCCUGUCAGCGCCGUGGUUGCGCCGGUGGAUGCCGCGUCGACCGCCGACGACCUGGGGGUCGACUCGGCCACGUCCGUCGUAUCUGGCGACAUCCUCGUCAAGUUUCUGGCGCUUUUGAUCAAAGGCCACUACUUGAACAUGCAGCUCGUGAUGCUCGACCAAAGCUACGUCGGCAAUGCUAACAGCGUCAACAUCCUCCAGACCGUGACGGCGUACUUGGCUAUUCUAGUCAAGGACGAGCUCCAGCUCCAAAACAUGACAGCGACCGACUGCGCGUCGCUGAACCAGUGCUGGGAAUUCCUCGUCGAGACGAUGCAAGGACCUUGCAGCCCGAACCAAGAGUUCCUCAUGGGGUCUGUGAUGGUCGAGAUCUUCCGAAAGACCAUCAAAGCCCAGAUCAACGUGCGACCGCCGGAAGACGACGACGCGAGUGACGAGUUGCCGUCGGCGGACUUGGUCAAGUCGCUCAAGUCGAACGCGGUCAAAGCCAUGGUGAGUCUACUCGAGGGCCGCACCAACGACCAAGUACAAGUUCGCCUCCGCAGCACGUUGGAAAUGAAAGCAAUCAAGAACCGACUCGUGGAAAUCCACGAGCAAUUCCAAGCCGAGAAGGAGCAGCACAAGAGCGACGUGACGUGGGACGAACGGUUCCUCCAGGAAGGUGUGGCCCUCUUCACCCUUGCCACGAGCGUGUUCCCGCCAAAGAGCGCCGCCGGGGACGAAAGCUUUGCCCCGGUCGCAAAAACGCCGGCGGACCCGACGACAAAACCUCCAAAGCGCGGCGACUUUGCCAGUGAAUCCGCCUACCGCAGUGCCCGCGACAUGUGGAAGCGCGACGCCACCUACGCCAAGGUGUAUGCGUUUUUCGACGCCAUGCACUGCUCGAUCGAGCUGUGGUGGGGCGUCGGCGAGCCGCGCUUGGACAAGGUGUAUUUUCCAAAAGCAUCGCAUUGCCGCAUGCUGCGGUACCUCAAGGCCAAGAAAAAUCGGCUCCUCAACGACCUCGACUACAAAUCGACCGAGCGGCUCAAGCAGUUUACGAGCGCUGCGUCCGGCUUCAACGAAGAGAUGCAGCACAUCGAGAACUUGAGCAACUUUUUCCUGUACAACAUGGUGCGGCCGUACAUCCCGCAUUUCAAAAACAUUAGUUUCCUCCUGGCCAUCUUCAUGAACUUGAUCAUGCUCGUGUCCAUGCGCCACGAGGAAGAGAGCCUCGAAUUCUUCAUCCAUCCAUCGAGCCUCCAAGAGCCCAUGAUGUAUUUCGGCGUGGCGCAGAUCUGCCUCUCGACGCUCGUGCUCGUAUUUAUGGUCGUGAUCAGCGGCCCGCUCAUCUUUCGCGCACGGCUCAACGCGAUGCUCAAGAAUUCCAUGGACACGUACAAGCUCAAGAAGACGUACAUGAAGCAGGACAACAGCGAGUUCGACAUCAAGGCUGCGAUCCAAACGAUCGACCUCAAGAACGCCAUGCAGCUCGAAAACAUGACGGGGCAGGUCAAAAACGGCGUCAAGUGGGGAAAAAAAUCGAUCGUUCAGCUGGCCAAGAAUAGCGUGCACUUUGUUCGAUCGUACCUCCCGUUCAUGAAGAUGAUCUUCCUCAUGUACCUGCUGCAGUUCACGCUGCUCCAGGCGUUCCCAGACUUCCCCAACUGGGUCCCGUGUACGUACUCCGUCGUGGCAUGCUCGUGGACAACCCGCUUGGAACUCAUGGGCAUUCGCUGUCUCCAACGUAGUCCUCGUUCUCUUCCUCCCGUUUGUGCGCAACACUCGCGAGUACUUGGAAAAGAGCAGCUCGUGGGUCGGCCUCCUCUACACGUUCGUGUACGACGUCAUCUUUGACAAGAUCACUGCGUUCUACUCGGUGUACCUCGUCACGGCGUUCUGCGCCACGAUGGUUCACCCGAUCUUCUACGGCUACCAUCUCCUCGACCUCGUCAUCAUGAGUCCGUCGCUGCAAAACGUUGUCCGCGCCGUCACCAAGCCUGGCCGCGCCCUCGCGCUCACGUGCCUCCUCGGCCUGUUUGUCAUAUACUUUUACACGAUGCUGCUCUUCUUCUUCAACCCGAACGACUCGACGGACGAUGACACGCACAUCGAGUACUGCUCGACCCUCAUGGACUGCUUCCUCACGGUCGUCCACCGCGGGCUCAUUUCGGGCGGCGGCAUCGGCGACUACCUCACCUCCGGCUUGAACCACCCCCCCAACAUCAACGUCCGCACCGAGUACUGGCUGCGUAUUCUGUACGACCUGUCGUUCUUUGUGCUCGUGAUUGUGCUGCUGCUCAACAUUAUCUUUGGCAUCACGAUCGAUACCUUUGGCGACCUGCGUACCGAAACCAACGAGCGAGAGGACUUGAAGCGGAACCAGUGCUUUGUCUGUGGCUUGCCCCGCGACGUGUUUGACAACCAUUACAUGCAGCUCGGCAUCUCGAACGGGUUUGAAAAGCACAUCACAGAGGACCACAACAUGUGGAACUACUUGUACUUUAUCGUGCACUUGCAGUCGCUGUCGCUGAUUGAGUGCACGGGACCGGAAGCGUACGUCAAAUGCUUGCUCGAGAAAGACGACGUGUCAUGGUUCCCGCAAUCCAUGGCCAAGUGCUUGGCCAAGUCGAACGAGCAGUCCACCGAGCACGACCUGCUAGAAAUCAAGGGCCAGCUCAAAGCCCUCUCGUCCCAGAUGGAGCAAGUGUCGUCGAUGGUGCUGGAUCCGUAGCCUUGUUGACGCCAUCGGUUGCAUGUGUGUAGAACGCGGCGAUUGCCUCCGUGCGCCAUUCGAGUCGAUCAGCGUUGUCUAGUGUGCAAAAUGUUGAUGGCCGAGAGAGAUAUAUUACGGAGCCGCGACUGCCGCUUUUUCCGCCACGAGUUGAUCAAUGUAUGCUUGCAUGGCAUAGAACUGGUCGGCUUGAGCGGCGAGGAUGUCGAGGAGCUCGUUCUUCUCGGUCUCGAGUCGCUCGGCCAUUUGUUUGUACUGCAGCAUCAGUUGCUUCGUGUGGUCCAUGGAAGUCGUCGAGGGUGCCAGCGAAUGCGGUGUCGUGGAAAGCGAGGCAUCCUCUACAUACUUCGGCUCUAGCACAUCGGGGCGGGACGAGGAAGGUCGAGUGGGAGACGGUUGAGCCGGCUUGGAUGGCGACAGCGGUAGGGAAUGCAGUGUGGGUUUGCUCUCAAGUUGAUGCUUUGGCGACGAUGGAGGAUUAGUUUGCGCCGGCGCGACAGGACAAACGACCGGCGACGAGGGCGCAGACCAUUCCGUCGUGGCUUGCAUUGAGGGAGAUGGAGUGUUUACAUCAAGUGGGUUGAGCUGCAUCACACUAAACGCUGCUUGAACGUGUUCAGAUGCGUGGCGGACAGGGGAAGGUGGAGGAGAUGUCUUGGCCAAGUGAGUGGUGGUGGGGCGAGGUGGGGACCCAAACAAGUCGGCGGCCGAAGGCGGACACUCGAGGGACGAGUCCGUUGGUGGAGCUGGUACAUUUACUUCGUGCGCGAGAGGCGUGUGCACAGCGUCGAAGGACGAAAGACCUACGCCAAACAAUUCACCUGCGUCAGAUAUCCCUGAUGCCGUGUUGUAGUGAAAGGCCGGGGUUGGGUGAUGUUCACUGGAGGUGGCGCCGUCUUGUGGCGCAUACGAGGCGGACAAGAAGUCGUCGGCUUGGUCGCUGGAACCAAACAAGUCCGAGGCAGAAGACAGGAUAGCAGUUUGGUCCGCGAAGAAGGAAUGUGAUGCGGAAGACGACGACGACGAAAGCGGGGCUCGGACAUCAUGGACGUCUUGCGAAAAGAACGAGUUGGCCUCUGGGGGGAAAGCAGGAGGGGAUGCUUGACGUGUGUGGUCGCGCAAGUGAUGACCUCCCGACGGGUGAUACGGCGUACUGGACUGAGAUAUGAACGUGGCUUGGUGGUGGUAGCCGGAUUGGUCAAAGACCGAAUUCGUCGACGACGCAAAUUGUUGCUGCGAUGGCGGAGGCUGUUGAGAGAAUUGCGCCGCGAAAGGUCCAUUCUCUUGCUGCCGAGCAUACCCAACGCCGCGACUUCCAGAGCGCGGACCAGACAACGGGUACUGGGGAUGUACGUGCUGUUGCCCAGAGCCUAUCGAGUCCAAGUCCAACGUUUCGUACUGGUCGUCAUUCGUCGGUAGCGACGGAGGCGGAGAUCCAUAGUUCCCGGAGUUGUUAUAAUGCACACGAGGGUACGGCGCUGCGCCGUCGCUCGACCGCGGGGGUUGCUGGCUGCCGGACGCGUCAUAUGCCACGAAUGACUGCAGGAGACGGUUCAUGGCUUUUCUGCCGCGGUGUGAA